AUGCCUUUCGGCUUGAAGAAUGCGUAUAAGAUGUUCAGAGGUUUGGAUUGCCUUGAAGUGUACAUCGACGACGUGGUAGUGAAGUCGAACACCAAGGAGGUUCAUUUGGCCGAUCUGAGGAAGGGGUUCGAACGCAUACGGUCUAAUGGGUUAAAGAUGAACCCUCUUAAAUGUGCAUUCAGAGUAUCGGCUAGAAACUUCUUGGGUUUCUUAGUUCACCAGCGGGGAGUAGAGAUAGAUAAAAACAAAGCCAAGGCGAUCAUCAAUGGUGAACUACCUAAAACCAAGAAGCAGCUUCAGAGACUCGUCGGUCAAAUAAAUUUCAUGAGACGAUUCAUAGCGAAUACAGAAGGCCGACUUCGCAGCUGGUGUGUUCUGCUACGCGGAAAAGAGACCGAUCAGUGGGUGUGGACGAACGAGCAGCGGAAAGUGUUUGACGAUUUAAAAGAGUACUUGCCAAAACCUCCAGUCAUGACCCCUCCAAAGCCGAACAAGCCACUGUUUCUUUAUUUAUUGGCCGCACAUGAAUCUCUAGGAUGCAUGCUCGCCCAAGAGGAUAACGGGGUCGAAAGAGCGGUCUACUAUUUAAGUCGUGGGCUGACCGAUACGGAGAUUUGCUAUACCGACAUAGAAAAGAUGUGUCUGUGUCUGUACUUCAAAUGCUGCAAGCUACGGUAUUAUAUGUUGCCGGUAGUAGUAUACGUGCUAUCCCAGACCGAUAUCAUUAAGUAUAUUCUGUCAAAACCAUAUUUAAGAAAUUGGAUUGGGAAGUGGGCGAUCGCUAUGUCUGAGUUUACGUUGGUAUACGUUCCUCAGAGAGCAGUAAAAGGACAAGUUUUGGCUGAUUUUCUAGCCGAUCAUGCUGGUAUCACCCUUAGGGAGGAAACAAUUAGUUGCUGCGACAUAGCCAUAUGGGAAACGUGGUUCGACGGAUCUAGGACCAACCAGGGAGCAGGCGCCGGAGUACACAUCGUCUCGCCCUUGGGGGCAUCUUACCAACUGUCGUUUAAACUCAAGUUUGAAUGUACCAACAACCAAGCAGAAUACGAGGCCCUGAUAUUUGGUCUCGAGAUUUUGGCCGAACUAGGGGCAAAUGCGAUAAAUGCAAAGCACCUGAUAGAAGGCUUUCAAGACACAAGGUUAGAAUACACCGAGAGGGCCGAUAACGGUAUCGCGAAUGAUUUGGCUCAACACGGCAGUGGGUACAAGAUGAAUCUCCAGUUCGACGCAAUCGAAAGAGAAACGCUGAAUCUCCAUACUGGGGGCAUCACCAUCGACAAAAGGUAUCUUUCGGUCUACCAAUUGGAUGUCACCCAAUAUUGGAGGACCGAAAUUCUAAGAUGGUUUCAAAAACCAGAUCAUACGAAUAGGAGACUAAGAACCUUGGCCCUAAACUACGUUGUCCUGGCGGGCGAAUUAUACAAAAAGGGUUUUGAAGGUCUACUCUUCAGGUGCAUCGGCCCAAAGGAAGCAAUGUUAGCAAUGGCCGAAGUACAUGAAGGGAUAGCAGGCGCUCACCAUGCAUGCCCCAGAAUGAGAUGGUUUAUCCAUAAAUACGGCUUCUAUUGGCCGAAAAUGGAACAAGACUGCAUAAUAUAUGCUAAAGGGCGCGAAGCCUGUCAGAAAUGUGGCCCGAUACAGCAUGUCCCGGCCGAGGAAUUCCAUUCCAUCAUCAAGCCGUGGCCAUUUAGAGGAUGGGCUGUCGACCUCAUAGGGAAAAUAUAUCGUGAUUCGUCAGAUGGCCAUAUGUUUGUCAUCAUCGCCACAUGCUAUUUCACCAAGUGGGUCGAAGCAAAGCCCCUAAAAUCUCCCACGCAAGAAGCAGUGAUCAAGUUCUUUAAGGAGUACAUCGUUCACCGACAUGGUUUGCCUGACUCAAUAACCACCGAUCAAGGGACGAUGUUCACAGGAGGCGAUAUACUUUGGUGGGCUUCUCAGAUGAAAAUAAGAUGGUGCACUCAACACCAUUCUAUGCGCAAGCCAACAGACAGGCCGAGGUGA